UUUCUAAAAUUGCUUCCUUUCUCUUCUUUUCACACCCAGAUCCAGAAAAAAGUCAGCAUGGAUGAGGUAGUGGAAACCCUGGGAAAAAUCGAGCAUGACUACAAGCUCUUCCAGCAGCAGCAGUUGACAUUUAUCAAAGCACUGAAACUCACCCGUGUGGAAGCCAAUGACGUGGUCAGACCUGUGUCAUCCAUUAACCAGGUGAGGUGCUACAGAGAUCACCACUGCUACAACUCCAGGGACAGGCACGUCCUCAACAUGUUCAUCUCCAUCUGCAACAACCUCCGCGACCUCUGCCAGAAGCUGGAAAAGGUGCAUCCUGGGGACAGAGAGUCCAACAGCCUCGUGGAGAAGUGCAAAGAGCUGCUGAAGGACAGCAACGACUUCACUGCCCUCCGAGCCACCUACCCCCACGGUGUUGUGAACUACCUGAGCUUGGCGGAAGCAACGGAUUGUUAUGCAGGAGUGGUGAGCCUCAUCCCCAUCGUUAUGGACACCAUGAGGGAGUGGAUCAGCUACACCAGCAAGAACCUGCUGCGUAACGACAGAGAAUGCUCGAAGUGCAGAUAUGAAGACCCACGUUUGAAAAAUAAAGCUCCCUGGAUGCCAGCAAGCAAACACCCCAAUUAAAGGAUGGAUCAAAGCUCCUGCAUCAUCUGAGCACCACCUUUAACCACCUGGCUGAUUAAACACAGUGAAAUGAACACU